AAGACAGAAGGUUUAUUUUUGUCAUUUAGAUUCGUUGACAGAAAUGGCAUUCCGAGAGUUAGCGUUCAUGCUUUGCGCCGCUGAGCUGUGGCUACAGAGCCCCAGCUGCGAAGGAGGGUGUGUGGACUCCGGCUUGUGCUGUACCGGCAGGGACCCCUCCUGCGUCAGUAUGGGAUGGAGACCCGACAGGUCGUACGGGAGCUGCUACUGUGACCAGGCGUGUACAUCAGCCCUGGACUGCUGCCACGACUACCAGCAAGCCUGCCCAGCUGCUUCCUGCGCGGUCGGCGAGUGGAGUGUGUGGUCAGGCUGCGCCGAGGCCUGCCAGGUCACCUACCGCGUGCGGAUGAGGCGCGUGGUCCGGGAGCCGCGGAACGGCGGGGUGCCGUGUCCUCCUCUCCAGGAGCGCGCCGGCUGUGUGGACUACUGGCCUCCCCACAGAGAGUGUCUCCCGUCCUUGAUUCCUGCAUUAAUCACCACGGGUGGUUUUGGGAAAGCCAGGAAGAAGAGAGACUUGGCUAGCAGCAAGGACAUCACUGGGUACUGUGUGGAGUUCCAGCUGAUGUCCCUCACUGCUGGCUGUCAGUACACCACUGGGCCCCACACAUACUGGAUGCGGUACCUCCGUGAGGGCCACAUUGUCUGUGUGGAGUGCCAGCCUCCUGCCCUUGGCAACCAGCAUCGGCGCUGCCAUGGCGAUGGGGAAGAGGCAGAAAGGGGCCAGCUCCUCCGCUGGCAGAGCGUGGGGAACGCGCGCUGCCGCGGCUCGUGGAGGAGGCUGCGCCGGCUGGAGUCCUGUUCCUGUCCCACUGUGCACAGCUUCCUGUUCAUCUGAGCCUGCGCUCCACCGCCACGGCGCUAAGACUGCCCACCAGCUCCUUUUUUUGUAAAAGCCAAGAGCUGCCUGUUCUUCCACAGGUUAGCUUUGUGAGUUAAUUCCCAAGGCUCCUGGUGCAGUAUAAGGCAGACGUUCGUUCCACCAGUGCACUCAAAGACCUGAUUAAACCAUUCUUUUGGUAAACUGAGAAAAUUGAACAUUAUGCAGGUUUUACAAAGUUUGUGAGUUAAAAAACACAUCCAAGCCUGUCUAUGAUAUCAUUCCAACAUGAGCUGCAUUCAUGUUAAAUGGAGGUUAUUAAGUGUUAUUAAGUCAGGGAGGGAUAGCAAUGACAAGUUAAUCACACACAGCUGUUCCUAAUCACUAUCUUUACGGAAUUCGCUCUAUAUAUCGAACUCAAAUGCCUCCCAUUCGACAUUUGUCUCCAGCCUCCCUCCUCCACCCCAUCUCAACCUUGCGGCUGCCCCUGCUUGAGGUUCAACCCUCCUCAUCCUGUGGCCAGGAGGUUGCCCAUUAACCAAGCAGGCUAAGCCAAAAUGAUCUCAACUCGUAUUCCAAGCAUGCACAAAACCUUGCGGGUUUUGUCCCUAGUGAAGUACCUUUAAUAAAACCUUAAGGGUCUCUUUCAUAUCACUUGGUUUUCAACUUAGUGUACCAUUCUUAAACAUUCCUACAACAAAAUCCAUGUGUAAUACGUAGUAUUUCAAUGUUGUAUUUUACAAUCAUUGAUCACAUUUUUGUCCAAAAAUGUGUGUGGAAUUAGUAUGUUCUCCCUGUCUUUGCAUGGGUUUUCUCCUGCUGUUCAAAGACAUACUGGUAGGUUAAUUGACUUCUGGUGAAGUUGACCCUGGUGUGAGAGAGUGUGUACUGUGAUGUAUUGGCGUCCUAUCCACGGUGUAUCCUGCCUUGUGCCUGUUUUGUGUUUAGAAUAUGAACAGAUGAAUAUGACAUGCAGCAGCCUUGCUUUUAUACAGAUUUUGUGAUGCUGCCACUCUCUCAAGAAGACUGAUUAGAGUAUGAAGAGUAAUUGUGGGCUCAGAAAUCACAGAACAAAAUGUGAAUAAUUAGGAGGUCAAUUUAAACUCCACUCGGAUUGCUUCAUCUCGUUAAACAAUGUGCAAUUAUGUCAAAACUGGAGUAGUAAAUUGCGUAGAAAUUGCAUGGUUACAAAGUUUCUUGAUGUAUAGUCCAAGAUCGAAUUCAACAGAGCCCCAUCACUGUCAACAGUCUGAAAUCAUUCAAAAGCACCAGCUUGCAUAUCAAACCUUAGUGCAUGCCUAGGGAUUGAGCAAGAUAGUUUAAUCACUACUCUCAUUUAAGUUAAUCUUCUGUGUGAUUUUAUUGAUUUUUUAAGCAUGCUUUUGCAGAGAUCCAUAUGCAAAUUAUAUUAGGAUUAGUCUGGGUGUAAUGUAAUUGUUAUAAUGAUAUAAAAUGAUGAUUAAAUAAAGCCUGAAAGGUAGAAUUACUUUAACUAGAACUAUAUUCCUUGAAGUCUAUAGCCUGGCAGGUUUUUUAUAGGUGUGUUUAAAUGAUUCAAAUGUGUUAUUACACUUGGGGAAAGGAGAUUGGCUUGAUCAGAUGUAAAAGGAAAAUGAGAGCACGGGGUGGAAUAAAAACUAGGAAAGAAUGUGGCUGUUAAUGACUUUGGCAGUUGAGGCGCACAGCACUACACAAUAGUGAAAAAACGUUCAUUAACCAGUCAGGUAGUUUGCUUCAUCUCGUGGUCAAAGUAAUGUACUACAGCACUGAGAAAAUAUGCACUUCUCGAUUUUUGCCACUAGAGACCGCCACUGGACCUGCGCUUGUAGAUUAUUCCCGAUCUUGAAGAACCUUUAGGCCUUUACUUAGGCCUAUGAUGUUUUCGUGUGCUUUGUGGUAGAUUUAAAAACUGUACAGUUAUUGUUCACUUGGACAGUAGGUGAGUAUCCAUGCUCUGCAACCUGGUUCUUAAGUGCUAAACAGUCUUUUUGCAUUUUAAGAUUGUGAUGAAACCUGAAUGCUCACACUUCCUACAAUUUUACCCCUGAGUUGCUUUGAAUGUUCUUUGGUCUUCAUGGUUAAAUCUGUGCUUGGAAUUCAUUACCUGACUGAAAUACCUUUCAGAGACAGCUAUAUUUAUUCUGAAAUCAGGUGAACCAGUAUGAUGCAGAAAGACAGAGGCCAUUCAAAUAAUUGUGUGACUAUCAAAGUUAUUUUCUACACCUGAACUAGGUUUCACCUAUUAUUGUCAUGGCAUAGGGAGUACAAUAACAAUCAACAUAUUUUAGCUUUUGAUUUUUCUUUGCAGUUUUUGCUGACAUUGUAUUUCUUUCUCUGAUAAGUUACGGAUUUUGUAUGGAUUUAUGGUAUGUUGUUAAGUACUGUAGGUUUUCAUUCUUAUUUACAGAUAAACUAAUCUUUGCACCAUG